CAAAAACGUCAUUUUGGAGCGAAAAUUUCAGAAAGAUGUGAGAGACCUGCUGCGAGACAUGUAGCAGCUUCCCGGUCAAAGUCACUCCAUGCAUCCAUGAUAUGAGUUGAAGUUGUUCAAACAGCGCUACACAAGCUGCUGUACAAUGGAAGGACUGGAGAUGUCCGCCAUGAUACCGGCUCUUCAGGAGCUAGCUAGUGUCAGCGCUGCUCAGUACGAGCAGGCGGUGCAGAAACCUCGACAGAUCCUCUGUCAGUUCAUUGACAGGAUACUCACAGAUGUGGAUGUCGUUGCUCUUGGUCUGAGUAAGAAGUCCAGUUCAGAUCCAGCCUGUGUGAUGCUGCUGGACUUUGUGCAGCAUAUAGUCAAAUCCUCAUCUCUGAUGUUCGCCAACCCUGCCUGCCAGCCUGCUGAGUAUCCAGACACCACUCAGAGCUGUACCGACUUCAGUAAGUGGGUGGCGGUGCGUUUGCUUCGUGUCACAGCUGCUCCAGACUGUGAUGUCAUCCACGGACGCGUCUCUGCUGUGUUGUGCUCCUUACUUCACACUCUCCGAAUAAGGGCACCAUUCAUCUUCAGCCACCUCACUCAGGAGCUCAUUUGUCUCGCACAGGACCUCAGCACCAUCCUGAAUGCCCACAUUGCCACACUGGCAGGACUGGGACACACUGUGGGCAUUUACACAGAGAGCCAGUGGCCUGUAACACUUGAGUGCUUCAGUAUCUCCCCUGGUUGCACCUCCUCAUACCUCACGCCUUCCUCUCUUGUCCUUUCUUCGCCUGCUGCCUUGGAGUCACUGACAGCCGUGACAAUUGGUGUUAUAACAAAUGCCCUGAGGGGAGUGGUCUCCUGUCAUGACCUUAAUGUAGCCUGGGAGAUGGCCUGCUCCAUCCUGAUCAAUGGCAACACCAGGCUGAGGAAGAUCUCCAUGGUGAUGCUGAGGAAACAGGUGGAGCUGAGAGGGUUUCCUGCAAUGCAAGGCCAUGAAUUCUUCACAGCCUACCUGCAUUUGCUAGAAACGCACAUAUACACAUGCACAGCCAAUGCACACUUCAAUGAGAAACCGCCCUAUGAAGGAGAGCUGCUGAAUUUGACACGCUGUGUGUUUCAGUCAUCUGGGACCUCGCGCACACUCUUUGAGCCCAUCUAUCUCUCUCAGAUGUUUGAAUGUGUUUGUACUCUUGGAGGAGCAGGUGUCCAGCUGGGGACAGAGGUUACUGAAUCACUCUGCUUGCUCUUCCACUUCUUAGUAUCUGUUGCCCCAGUUUACGAGAGCGCAGCAGUGUUACGGAGGCGACGAGUCACAGAGGUCUGCAGGACACUGACAAACACCGUUGGAACAGAAAAUCAAGCUGAAUGCGCAGAGGGGUUUCUCCAAGCUGCACUGAAGGCAGAGACUGCUAUGGUGAUGCAGGAGUCAAGAGAUGGGGAGCCUGCUGCCAAGAUCCUUUGCAAAUCUCCCACGGAUUCAGUCAGCAAAACAACAAAACGUGCAUGUGAGCAGGACAUGCGUGUUUGGAGUGAGGUUUGGGCUGUGGUGAACAGUCGACUGGAGGAGCUUCUGACCUUUUUGAACUCAGACUCUGUCCAACCUGAAAGUCCACAGACUCUCUCUGCUCUGCAGGGUCUGGCCCUCAUCCUCCACCUGGCAGCCCUGUGCUCCUCUCCCACCAGUCCUUCUGCUCCCAUCUGGGUACCUACUGAGACUCUGGGAACAGCUCUGAAGAGCUGCCAGUCAGUGUUAGAAGGAAGCUCCCAACCAAUCACAAACCAGAGCUACUUUCACUCUGCUGUCUGCACUGUUGUUGGGGUCCUUGACUCUAUCUUGUACAUGACGAUGAGCAGUCAGGGUGAGGAAGGGCUCCAGCAGCGUGUGUGUGCUCUGUUAUCUUUUCCUUGGGUGUGUGAGAACAAGUCUGCCUCAGCCUAUAAGAGCUCAAGAUUCCCCUCUUGGCUUCCUACCUUGGCUCAGAGACUCAGCUUCUGUUACUCAUCUGAGAUCCAGGCAGACUGUGUGUCGCUGCUCGCCCUCCUGCGUCAUGGUGUGUGUGAAACCUGGCGUGUGUGGUUGCUUUCCAAGGCGCUGCAGAGUACAGAUGAGGUGGUGAGAGCAGCGGCAGUCAGAGCUUUCCCUCUUCUUCUUCACCACCUGGGAAACACACACCACAGCCUCAUUAGCACUACUCUGCUUCCCAGGCUGGACGACAGCUCGGAGCUGGUGAGGAGCGAGCUUGCCAGGAUCAUCGGUCAGCUGAGCUGUAUCCAGUCAGAGGUCUCCCACCUCGGUGUUACCCAAACAGAGUCCAUCUGUCUUCCAAAAAUCCUCUGCCGUCGCCUCAGCCUUGCAACAGAGCAUGAUGGGAACACUUUUCCAUUUCUUACAGCAUCUGUUGUCAAGCCCUUUCUGAAGCUGCUCAGACCUGAAGCACCAAGCAGUGUUAAACAAGCUUUUCUAGAAGCUCUGCCUCACCUCUGCCAGCAUGUGAAUCUGAGUGGUGGAGACAGCGACUCUCGAGCAGUUCUCUGUGCUCUGAUUAGUCUAAUGGAAGAUUCAGAUCCAGCAGUCAGAAUACAUUUCAGCCAAUCAGUACGUUUCCUGUUAACAGUGACUGGCAAACACUCCGAGCAGGACUCUCUGAGUGAGCAGCUCCUGGUUGCACGUCUUAAGGAGGCAUUCAACAACGCUAAACUCCAACGAGAUGACAAACUGCGCAACACUCUCAUCCUGACCACUGGAGAGAUUGGCAGAGCAUCCCUUGGUAAUAUGGUGUCAUUCUCUCUGCUGCGGCUGCUCCACUGUCUGCUGUCCAAGUCGUCCCAAGUAUCUGUAGCUGCCUACACCCAGAUCAGAGCCCUGGCCGCUGCCAAAGGCCUAAAGCUGCAAACCCUCUUCAGUCAGUACAAGAACCCCAUUUGCCAGUUCUUGGUGGAGUCACUGCACUCGCGUCAUGCUUCGGCCCUGCGGAUCACACCCGAUCAAAGCAGCUCGUCAGCCAGCCAGAGGGAGCUGGCUCUGGACAUCUUGGCACAGAUUGCACACGCCUUCGACUUCCCAGACCUCCAUCGCUUCCUCACCAGGACCCUACAGGUGCUACUGCCCUACCUGGCAGCAAAGGCGAGCCCUAUAGGCUCCGCCCUCAUCCGUACACUAGCCACUGAGUUGAAGGCAAACAGGAGAGAGAUCCUCAUCAGCAAUUUCAAGUACAUCUUUAGCCACCUGGUCUGUUCCUGCACCAAGGAGGAGCUGGAGAGUGCCUUUCACUACCUGCAGAACGAGACUGGGAUUGAACUGGGCUCUCUGCUAAGACAAGACUUCCAGGGUCUUCACAACGAGCUGUUGCUGCGUCUGGGAGAGCAUUACCAACAGGUAUUUAAUGGUCUGGCGAUCUUGGCCUCCUUUGCAUCCAGUGAUGACCCGUACCAGGGACCCAGAGACAUCACCACCCCAGAGCGCAUGGCAGACUACCUUCAGCCGAAGCUGCUGGGAAUUCUUGCCUUUUUCAACAUGCAUCUGCUCAGCUCCAGUGCAGGAGAGAAGGACCGCAAGAAGCUGGCGUUGACCGGUGCCAUGGCUCUAAUGCGACUGAUGGGCUCCAAACACAUCAGCUCUGUUAGAGUGAAGAUGAUGACAACGCUCCGCACAGGCCUCCGAUACAGAGAGGACUUUCCUCUGCUCUGCUGCCAGACGUGGGAGUGUUUUGUGAGGAGCGUGGAGCCUGCACAUCUGGGCCCCCUGUUGAGUCACGUGAUUGCCGCACUUCUCCCACUGAUUCCUCUACAGCCCAAAGAAACUGCUGCUAUUAUACGUUUCCUGAUCCUAGACAACAGGGAGGAAGUCAAUGAAUACCUUCAUGAGAUUUACUUCCUGCCAGAUCACCCUGAACUGAAAGACAUCCACACUGUUCUGCAGAACUACAAGAAGCUGACAGCAAGCAGCAGUGACCUGGCUUCAGCACUGCAGCUCUCUAUGAGAGCUGUUCAGCAUGAGAACGUUGAUGUCAGGAUUCAUGCACUGACCAGCCUCAGGGACAUGAUGCACAGCAACCAGGAGUGGCUGCUGCGCCACGUUUGUGCGAGUGAGGCUGUGGAGCCAGUCAUCUCCAACCUGGUGUCAGUGCUGCUGAAGGGCUGCCAGGACUCGUCCCCAGAAGCCAGACUCCUCUGUGGGGAGUGUUUGGGGGAGCUGGGCGCCGUGGACCCUGGACGCCUGGACCUGUCGCACACACACACCCACGGCGACCGCAACACCUUUGUGAGUGGGGUUGAUGAUCCUAACUUUGCCUACGACGUAUUGACUGAACUGACCAGAACAUUUCUGGCUUAUGCUGAUGAUGUGAGAGCGCAGGAUUCAGCUGCUUAUGCAAUUCAGGAGCUGCUGUCCAUCUUUGAGUGUCGAGAGGGUCGAUCUGAUUCACCAGGCCGCCGUCUGUGGAGAAGAUUCCCAGAGCAGAUUCAAGAAAUACUGGAACCACAUCUCAACAGCAGGUAUAAGAGCAGUCAGAAAGAGGUGAACUGGUCUAAACUGAAGAAACCAGUGUACCUAAGCAGCAGAGGCAGCAAGUUCUCUGAUUGGUCAGCCACCUGGGCUGGAUACCUCAUCAGCAAGGUGAGACAUGAGCUGGCCAGCAAGGUCUUCACCUGCUGUAGUUUCAUCAUCAAGCACGACUACAAGGUCACAAUCUACCUGCUCCCUCAUAUCCUGCUGUACAUGCUGCUGGGCUGCACGCCUGCAGAGCAACAGGAGGUGACGGAGGAGAUGCUGGCUGUGCUAACAGAGGGUGACGGGCGAGCAGGGGGUCGUGUACAGGAGACGGCCUCGAGCCUGUCGCAGCUCAGCACCCAGACAGUGUUCAGCAUGUUGUCUCAUCUCACACAGUGGAGCCGCCACAUCCUUUACUCCAAACCCAGACAAAGCGAGAGUGGGGAGUAUCAGCGUGUGGCGGCCUUUCUAAAAGGUAUUCCACAGGACGUUCUGGCCAAGGCCUCUCUGCGUUCCAAGGCGUACACUCGUGCCCUCAUGCACUUUGAAGCUUACAUCUUAGAAAACAAAGAGGACAUCCAGGAUCACCUUACCUUCCUGCAGACGCUUUACGCUGCGAUGCAUGAGCCUGAUGGAGUGAGGGGGGCCAACGCUCUUAGGAGGGAGGAGCCGUCGCUACGGGAACAGAUACUGGAGCAUGAGAGCAUCGGCCUGCUCCGAGAUGCCACCGCCUGCUACGACCGAGCCAUACAGCUGGAGUCAGACCAGAUUGGCCAUUAUCAUGGGGUGAUGACCUCUAUGCUGGGCCUGGGACAGCUGUCCACAGUUAUCACCCAGGUCAAUGGAGUACUGGCUAACAAGCCCCAGUGGAAGUCGGACCUUAACACUUACAGAGUAGAGGCAGCCUGGAAGCUUGGGAAAUGGGACCUGCUGGAAGAUUACUUGGGUUCAGACCAUCAGUCCAGUACCUGGAGUGUGCGGCUUGGCCAGUUGCUGCUGUCAGCUAAGAAGCAGGAUGCUGACACUUUCUAUGAGAAGCUGAAGGUUGUGAGAAAGGAACAGGUCGUUCCUCUGUCUGCGGCGAGUUACGAGUGUGGAACCUACCAGCGGGGAUACGAGUACAUUGUCAGGCUUCACAUGCUCAGUGAGCUGGAGCACACUUUUACUGAGCUGCAGAAACAGCAGGAAAUCUCCACCCUCAGUCUCAGCCACGUGCCUCCUCAUUGGUCAGAUCGACUAGAGAUGACCCAGAAUUCCUUUAGGGCCAAGGAGCCAAUCCUGGCACUGCGUCGGGCCCUGCUCAGCCUGGGAUCACAGUCUGUGUGUAAGGAGCUGGUCGGGGAGUGCUGGCUGCAGAGCGCCCGGGUGGCCAGGAAGGCAGGGCACCACCAGACUGCUUUUAAUGCUCUUCUGAAUGCAGAGAACAUGCACCUGGCUGAGCUGGUGACAGAGAAAGCCAAGUGGCUUUGGUCCAAGGGCGAUGUACAUCAGGCACUGAUCGUCCUGCAGAAGGGCGUGGCCCAGUGUUUUCCUGAUGAUCAGCCACUGAAUGACCCUCGCAGCCUGCAGACUAAAGGCAAGGCCAUGCUGCUGGUGGGCCGCUUCAUGGAGGAGACGGCCAACUUUGAGUCCAAUGCCAUCAUGAAGGCAUACAGGGAUGUGACCAACCUUCUGCCUGAGUGGGAGGAUGGAAACUUCUACCUGGCUAAGUACUAUGACAAAGUGAUGCCAAUGGUGACUGAUAACAAGCUGGAGAAACAGGGGAACCUCAUCCGAUACAUUGUUACAUACUUUGGAAAAGCCUUGCAGUUUGGGAACCAGUACAUCUACCAGGCCAUGCCUCGGAUGCUGUCUCUCUGGCUUGAUUUUGGAGCCAAGGUGUGUGAAUGUGAGAAAGCUGGGCGAGCAGACAGACAGAUGCGACAGGAGCUGGGAAAAAUCAACUCGGCUAUGAGUGAGCACUGUGCGAACCUGGCGCCGUACCAGUUUCUGACCGCCUUCUCCCAGCUCAUCUCCAGGGUGUGUCACUCUAGCGAUGAGGUCUUUACUGUUCUCAUGAACAUUGUGGCCAAAGUUUUCCUGGCGUACCCCCAGCAGGCUAUGUGGCUAAUGACUGCUGUCUCCAAGUCUUCCUACUCCAUGCGUAUGAACCGCUGUAAUCAGAUCCUUAAAAAGGCCAUUAGUCUUAAACAGUCUCUGGAGAAAUUCAUUGGAGAUGCCACAAGGCUGACUGACAAGCUGCUAGAGCUCUGCAACAAGCCGGUGGACGGGAGCUGUAGCACCCUUAAUAUGAACGUUCACUUCAAGCAGCUGAAACGUUUGGUGGAGGAGCCGACCUUCAGCCAGAUCCUGAUCCCAUUACAGUUGGUGCUCAUCCCUACACUGCCCUCGACAGGUGGAGCGAACACGCAGCACGACCCCUUCCCUGGACAAUGGGCAUACCUGGAUGGCUUUGAAGACACUGUGGAGAUCUUGGCUUCCCUACAGAAGCCUAAAAAGAUAAGCCUGAAGGGUUCAGAUGGGCGGAGCUACACCAUGAUGUGUAAACCCAAAGAUGACAUGAGGAAGGACUGCAGACUGAUGGAAUUCAACUGCCUCAUCAACAAGUGCCUACGCAAAGAUGCUGAGUCAAGGCGGAGGGAGCUACACAUCCGAACCUAUGCUGUGAUCCCCCUCAAUGAGGAGUGUGGUAUCAUCGAAUGGGUCAACAACACUGCUGGACUUCGACACAUUCUCACCAAGCUGUAUAAGGAGAGAGGUAUCUACUUAUCAGGUAAAGAGCUGAGGAAGCUUAUGCUACCAAAGACAGCUCCGUUUGAGGAGAAGCUACGAAUUCACAAGGAGGUGCUGUGUGCUCGACACCAACCUAUCUUCCACGAGUGGUUCCUCCGGACCUUCCCUGACCCUACAUCAUGGUACAGCAGUCGCUCUGCGUACUGCCGCUCCACUGCUGUGAUGUCCAUGGUGGGUUAUGUCCUGGGUUUGGGAGAUCGUCAUGGAGAAAACAUCCUCUUUGACUCUUUCACUGGGGAAUGUGUUCAUGUUGACUUCAACUGCCUCUUUAACAAGGGGGAGACAUUUGAUGUGCCUGAGGUUGUGCCCUUCCGUCUGACCCAAAACAUGGUCCAUGCUAUGGGACCCAUGGGCACCGAAGGCCUCUUCAGACAGGCCUGUGAGGUCACCCUGAGACUAAUGAGAGACCAGAGAGAGCCACUCAUGAGUGUGCUUAAGACCUUCCUUCAUGACCCACUGGUGGAGUGGAGCAAACAAGCCAAAGGACAUUCCAAAACUCAAGCCAAUGAGACUGGAGAGAUAGUUAAUGAAAAGGCUAAAACACAUGUGUGUGACAUCGAGCAGCGUCUGCAAGGAGUGAUAAAGAGCAGGAAUAAAGUUCUGGGUCUGCCUCUGUCUAUAGAGGGACAUGUACACUACCUCAUACAGGAGGCCACUGAUGACAAACUGCUCUGUCUAAUGUAUCUGGGCUGGGGGCCCUACCUCUAAAAUGCUUGCCUACAUUUAUAAAAUGAGAGGAAAGCAGUUCAGGAGGGUUAAAGAUGCUUACCUGUGAUUAAAAUGACUGCACAAGACGACCUUAAGUGCCAACCUUAGAGUGCAAUUAAAAAGUGCAAAGAGAUAUCUGCACACACAGAUAAAUGCUUUAUUUUCAUUGUACAAAAAAUAUACAAUGAAAUUUAGAUGCACUUCAGGAUACCAAUACAAAUACAAUAAAAAAACAACACUCACUCAGUGCCAGCAUAUACACUUUAGUGAGUAAUUACACUUAAAAGCAUCAAUAGUUUUGAAUAAAAUGCAAGAUCAUUCCUUAAUAUUAAGUAAAAGCUCUUUUAUAAUGCUAUAUUUGUUCUGCUGUUUCCUAUUUCCUGUAAACAAGCUAUUUGUUACAUUGCUGUACAUUCUCUUGCAAUAAAUGAUGUUUUUUUUC